CGCGCCUUCUCCUGAACCACCUCGUAAAUCUCGACCUGAAGAAUUUCGCGAACAGUUCUCCAGAUGAGUGGACUAGCCAAUGAACUCCUAGCCGACAUCGACGAUCUUUCAGACGGUGGCGCUGAGGACUAUGACGAGGCUAUUCCAUCAGCUGCGCCCUCCACGAGUAACACCACCAACGGACUGAAGAGAAAGGCUACCGAGGAUGCGGACAUGUCAGAGGGAGAGGGAGAUACUGAUGAAGAACAAGCUGAAGCAGACGGAGCCGCUGGAUUGGUCCUCGAAGGCGGUGUGAAACCCGCAGACGAACUCGAUGCAGAGGAUGUGCAGCAAAUGGACUUGGGUGGGAUUGAGGACGUGAGCUCUGUAGCGAAGCUAGAAGGCAGUAAACGCAUGUCAGACAUUUUAAAGGAAAUUGAGAAAUACCAAGCCAACCCCAGCACACCGGAAGCGAUGUCAUUACCUGCUCAUUUGAACCCGGAAUACACUCUCAUCGUGCAAGCAAACAAUUUGUCCGUGGAUGUAGACAAUGAAAUUCUCGUGGUACACAAGUUCAUACGCGACCAUUAUGCAGCGAAGUUUCCCGAGUUAGAACAGCUCGUACCGGACCCAGCACAGUAUGUCCGCGCAGUUCGCGUACUCGCCAACACAGCGGACCCUACGAAAGCUGAACUUGCAGGCGUUCUUCCGCCUGCCGUGGUUAUGAGUGUUCUCAUAACUGCAACAACGACAACCGGUCAAACACUCACGGACGCCCAGUGGGCUGCUGUUGAGAAAGCUUGUGACCUUGCAGACAAACUUGAGGAGGCACGUAAAAAGAUUUUCAUGUACGUCAGCUCAAGAAUGAAUGUUCUGGCACCAAAUCUUUCAGCAAUCGUUGGUACCACUACAGCUGCAAAAUUACUCGGUGUGGCAGGCGGCCUCGGUCCCCUCGCCAAAAUGCCGUCAUGUAAUGUCCAUCUGCUAGGCGCUCAGAAGAAACUCGCAUUAGGUUUCUCGACGUCCACUCAACGGCGGCACACCGGUUUCGUCUUCCAGUCUGAUUUGAUCCAGCAGACGCCAUCUGAAUACCAGCUUAAGGUUCAGCGAACAGUCGGAGCGAAAGCCGUUCUGGCUGCACGCAUGGAUCUCGAACGGACACGAAGAGACGGCUCGUAUGGUGAAGAGCUUCGAGAAAAAAUCGAAAAACGAAUCGAUCGGCUGGCUGCGCCACCACCUGCUAAAGUCACGAAGGCACUUCCUAUACCUAACGAUGGUCCGAAGAAACGCAGAGGUGGCAAGCGAGCACGCAAAGCAAAAGAAGCGUAUGCCCAGACGGAACUCCGCAAGCUGCAGAACCGAAUGGCAUUUGGUGAGGCUGAGGAGGAGGUCGGUGCGUUCGAUCAGACCAAGGGUCUGGGAAUGAUUGGAGUCGGCACGGGAAAAGUACGGGCGGGUAUGGGAGAGGCGAAGAGUCGUGCGAAACUCUCGAAGGCGAACAAAUUGCGCACUGCCGCACUUACGCGUGCUGCACAGAGCGGGUCGUCAACGUCCGGAACGGCAACAUCGCUGACGGUCACUCCGGUGCAAGGUUUCGAGCUAACAAAUCGUGCUGCCGCUGCUCAGCGAGUCAAGGAAGCGAAUGAGCGCUGGUUUGCGUCUGGGAAUUUCUCAUUUGUGGGGCAGAAAGGCACCAGCAGUAAGGUAUAGGGCUUGGCACUCACAUAUAUUUUUAUGCACAUAGUACGACUCGCAUACUCUCUU